AUGAAGCUGCCGACACUAUGGCCCAGCGGUCUCCUCGCGCUCUUACUCGCCGGCCUGGACAGUCAAUGGCUGUCUGCGGGGUCUGCACACGCAUUUGCUGAGGGUGUACAAUGGACAAGUGGUAGGAAGCUUGCGAUGAGGCAAGUUCGUGCUCUAUGGCAACAUGGGUUCAGUAGCUACAUGAAAUAUGGUGUGUACCCCACUCUCUUCAUUGUUCUGAAAACAUUUCCUAUGGACGAACUUGCACCACUGUCAUGUUCUGGCAGGGGUCCUAAUUGGCACAACCCGGCAGAUGUAGCUACAAAUGACGUCGCUGGGAACUUCUCUGUCACCCUCGUCGACUCUCUUGAUACCUUCGUCGUGUUGAACGACCCUCCAGGCUUUGCACAAGCUGUGCGCGACGUGAUCAAGUGGGUGGCAUACGACGUUAACACGAACCCGCAAGUUUUCGAGACAACUAUUCGGGCACUCGGAGGGCUUCUUUCAGGGCACAUAUAUGCGGAGCGACAGAAUCAGCCCUUUCACCUACCUUGGUAUAAGGGUGAACUACUCUCUCUUGCAUACGAUCUGGGCCUACGGCUUCUCCCUGCGUUCAAAACGCCAACCGGUCUUCCGUAUUCGAGGAUCAACUUGAGACAUGGAUUGCCAAAAGGAGAAUCACACGACACUUGUACUGCGGGUGCUGGGUCACUCAUUCUGGAAUUCGGCACACUGAGUCGUCUGACCGGGGACGACCGCUUCGAAAAAGCAGCAUAUAAGGCCUUCUUUGCGCUGUGGAAUCGCAGGUCAGAUAUAGGACUUGUAGGCAAUACAAUCAAUAUAUUUUCUGGAAACUGGUUGCACCCCGAAGUCAAUGGCAUUGGUGCGGGCGUUGAUUCGUACUAUGAAUAUGCUCUCAAGUGGUACAUCAUGAGCGGUGAGGUCGAGUUCCUUGACGUGUGGCAAGACAUGUAUGCGUCUGCCAUGCGAUACUCCCGUGCUCCGGACGGGUACUGGUAUCGAAACGUGAACAUGUUCACGGGAGAUGCCCAGUACAACUCAGUGGACUCGCUCUCAGCGUUUUGGCCUGGCCUUCAAGUCCUUGGGGGUGAUGUAGAGAAUGCAAUUCGUUCGCAUCUCGUGUAUUGGAACUUGUGGCGCGGAUUCGCGGGAAUACCUGAGGUGUGGGACAUGAACUUUAAGACAGGAACCGCUCUGGCAUACCCCUUGCGUCCAGAAUUUGUGGAGUCGACUUGGUACCUGUAUCGCGCGACCAAAGACCCGUUCUAUCUUGAUGUCGGAGCACGUAUUCUAUUCGACAUCAACCGUCGGUCUAAAGUAGAUUGUGGUCUCGCAAGUAUCCAGGACCUACGGACGAACCACCGCGACGAUCGUAUGGAGUCUUUCGUACUAUCAGAAACGCUAAAGUAUCUCUACCUUCUCUUUGAUGAAGAGAAUCCUCUGCACACCGACGACUCGCAUUGGGUAUUCACCACGGAAGGCCACAUACUCUCGCUGGAGCCGGACCGCCUAAAACCGCUGUCUGCUGCUCGCAAGAAGCUUCGGCGAGUCGAGAACCUGCAAUGUCCAGCUUACCUGAACCCUUUUCUGGCGUACGACGACUGGGAUUCCGAUACGGGCCUGCACGGGGGUGUACUCUCUCGCGCGGAUAUGGAAUAUGUCCGUCAUUUGAUCGGUCGCAUGGCAAGUGACUAUGAGCAGAAGCAAUGGGUACCCGAUGGAUACUGUCAAAUCCCCAAAUAUGAGCCAUACACGUACGACUUCAUCCUCUCUUCGGACGGGUCAGCGGCCCCGGAAGACACACAACCGUCGGCGGCGAAGAUGGUGGCGGUUGACGAUGGGUUCCUUGUUCACAAUGUGAGCGGUAUUCGUGUUCAGAUUGUGAGCCGUUUGGACGGCAAGGGCUACGAUAUUGCGAAACUGGGCCCGCACGCAAUCAGGACCGGGCAGCGGAUCUACUUCAACGACUCGGAGCUCGCCCGCUCUUGGUCUACCAACGACCCGAAGCCCAAGAAGCGUGCCAUGGAGGUCAACCUCCGGUUGCACCUGGACUACGUCGACCCAAUGCUACAACCCCAGACCCCGGGCAUGCAAAACGCAAUCACCGAGACCGUCAUCACCGCUGCCACCGCCCUCUUUGGCGGCGACCCAGCCGCAGCUGCCUCUGGCCCAGCCUCGACUCCUCUGCGAUUCGGACACGGGGACGGAGUGCGCCUCGUACGCUUCCCCGACAAUCCGCUGGGCUGCAAUGCCUACUCCGAGGAACUCUUCCACUCCGAGGCCAUCGUCGUGGCCCGCGGAGACUGCACCUUCCUCGAGAAGCUCGCCGCCGCCAAGCUCGCCGGCGCGAGCGGGGUCGUCGUGCUCGGCACGGAAGAGCACCACAUCAACCCCUCGGCAGACCACGAGGAGAUCGCAGGGACAGGCGUCAGUGUCGAUGACGUUGCGGUUGUCGUCGUGCGCAAGCAGGACGCGGAGGUCGUAGAGCGGAUGCUCGACGAGGCGGAAGAGUUCGGCGCCGUGUGGCUUGUCGUCGAAUCGUCCGGCGAGCCGGCUGACGCUCAGAGCCCGACGACGACAGAGGCAUCUCCAACGGAGGCGACGGACAGGGAGGAGGUGACGAAGGUGUUGUACCUCAACAACCACCCACUAAUCAACUCCAGACUAUUGUUAUGA